AUGGCUAACCAUAAGGAGAGAGUAGUAGAGCUAUUUUUCAUCCCAUCUCCACUUAUGGGACAUGUUGGUCAGCUUGUUCAGCUGGCCAACCUCAUGGCCACUCGGUUCCAUCAUCUCACCAUUAACGUACUUGUCAUGCACCUCCCUAAUGAUCCCAUUGGCACCAAUUACACACACUCCCUUAUUGCUUCUUCUUCUGAACCUGAUAAUGAUCACAAUCAGAUCAAAUUCAUCCAAUUUCCUUCAAUGGAUCUUGACUCUUUUCCAGAAUACCCAAAUGCCGGUGUCCUGGCUGAUGCUGUCAUCGAGCGUCAUAAGCCCAUCGUUAGGGAACUUAUUGCUUCGUGCUUCAGUAGGUCCGAUCGACUCUCUGCAUUGGUCGUUGACAUGUUUUGUACCUCAAUGAUCGAUGUUGGCAAAGAAUUUGGAGUCCCUUCCUACAUAUUCUUCCCUCCGAGUGCAGCUGUUCUUGGGAUUAUGUUUUAUUUUCAGACACUCGAAGAUGAACAAGGUCAGGAGAUAUCUGAAUUGGCAAACGCUGAGACUCCGUUAAUCAUCCCGAGCUAUGCUAAACCAGUUCCUCCUACUGUCUUGCCCUAUGUGUUUCUGGACAAGGAUUCUUGGUCAAAAAGGUUUGGUCGUUACGCCCGGAAAUAUAGAGAAGCCAAGGGCAUAAUCAUAAACACGUUUCUAGAGUUAGAGCCUCAUGCCCUCCAUUCCUACGACGAUAAAACACCUCCUGUCUACACGGUGGGUCCGAUGCUAAAACCCGAAAAACCUAUUCCAAACAAUGAGCUACUGCAGUGGUUGGAUGGUCAACCAAACUCAUCGGUUUUGCUUCUAUGCUUUGGAUCCAGGGGGUGGUUCGAGCUGCAGGACCAAGUGAAAGAAAUAGCAACUGCUAUAGAAAGGAGCGGAUACAGGUUCAUAUGGUCCUUGCGCCGACCUCCGUCUGAGAACCAAAAAGGGUUCCCAGGGGAGCACACAGACUACAAUGAAGUCCUACCGGAUGGGUUCCUGGACCGUACAUCCGGAAAGGGUAAAGUGGUUGGGUGGCUCCCGCAGACCGCGGUGCUGGCUCAUGUGGCAGUAGGCGGGUUCGUGUCCCACUGUGGGUGGAACUCCAUAUUGGAAAGUCUCUGGUACGGUGUUCCAAUUGCCACAUGGCCAAUAUACAACGAGCAAUCGUUGAAUGCACAUCAAUUGGUGAAAGAAGUGGGGUUGGCAGUGGAGAUCUCGUUGGAUUAUAACCAAUUUAACAAGAAUCAGAGAUUGGUGUCAGCUGAAGAGAUUGAGAAGGGAAUAAGGGAGGUGAUGGAUAGCAGAAGUGAGGUUCGUGCAAAGGUGGCAGAAAUGAAAACAAAGAGUCGAAUGGCAGUGGAAGAAGGGGGUUCAUCAUUUGCAAGUCUGAGACAACUUGUUGACGAUUUCAUGUAA